AUGUUUGGAGAGUUCCUUGACCACAUUUUCCUUUCUAUGUUGUUCCUAUCAACCGUUUCGGCCAAAUGGGCUAUUCGGAAAGCGCGGAACAGGCAUGAGUAUAAACGCAACAUGCUCUUUACAGAGGUUGGACCAUUUAGCUCCUGGUCUUGGAACCACAAAGAUGAACUCUUUGAAAAACAUCCUCCUAAACCCGACAACGUGACGUCCUUGAUAACGGCCACGGUGGGAGAUGCUGUCACUCUGACGUGUUCCGUAACGGCUAACCCCGCCGUAACCAUGGUCACCUGGAAGUAUGGAAAUAGGUUGUUACCAGAAACGGGGACGACACUGAAUGUCAACAUACCGAACUUGUCACCAUCGUUUGGUGUCUACACGUGCAUAGCUACAAACCCUGUUGGCUCAUCAUUGCCCAUAGAGUUUAUAUUGGCAAAGGCAAAUCUAACUGGACAACACGAAAUACUUGUCGUCAAAGCACAUCCCAGAGAAACUUCUUUUAUGAUCAUUUUAGUGCUGUCAAUCGUGUUACCUAUUAUCCUCAUCGCUUGCUGUGUGUUAGCUGUGCUUAUUAGGAGAGGUAAUUGUCGUAAAAACAAACUGCCUGAAGAUGCCAUCUCAGCUGAUCCAGAUGAACAUUCCCAGAAGUCUAUCGAACGUUCAGAAUAUGACGAAACAUUACUUGCUCUACUUGAACAAGGUGGUCGUACUGACAUGCAUCCUGGGCCUGUAGAAUCAGAAAAUAACAUAUUUAUUCCAGAAUAUUCAUAUUCCAUGAAGUCACGUGAUGGUACAAUAUUAUCAGAAGAAAGCCAACUACUGAUUUCAGAGAAGUCUCUUGAUGCUGUGUCAUUAGAAGAAAUCCCACCAGCUACCGGUAUGUCAUUUCCAUAUUCCAGGAAGUCCCAUGAUCCUAUAUCAUUACAAGAAAGCCAACCAGUUACUUCACUUCCAUAUUCCAGGAAGUCCCAUGAUCCUAUAUCAUUAGAAGAAAGCCGACCAGUUACUUCACUUCCAUAUUCCAGGAAGUCCCAUGAUCCUAUAUCAUUAGAAGAAAACCAACCAGUUACUUCACUUCCAUAUUCCAGGAAGUCCCAUGAUCCUAUAUUAUUAGAAGAAAGCCAACCAGUUACUUCACUUCCAUAUUCCAGGAAGUCCCAUGAUCCUAUAUCAUUAGAAGAAAGCCAACCAGUUACUUCACUUCCAUAUUCCAGGAAGUCCCAUGAUCCUAUAUCAUUAGAAGAAAGCCAACCAGUUACUAAGUCACUUCCAUAUUCCAGGAAGUCCCAUGAUCCUAUAUCAUUAGAAGAAAGCCAACCAGUUACUUCACAAGAAACCCAACCAGUUACAGUUUUCAACAAGCCACGCGACUCUAUACUAUCAAAAAUAGAAGCAUUGCAAAUUCAAUUAUCCAACACGUCUCUUGUCUCAGAAGAAAAGAAACCAGUUACUUCACAUAAACAUUCCAAGAAGCCUCAUAAAAAUACUAAGUUAUCAGAAGAAAUGCAACCAGAUACAUCACGUAGAUAUUCUGUGGAACCUGAAACUGUGUUAUCGGAAGAAAACCUAAGUCCUCCACAUAAACAUUCCAAGAAGCCUCAUAAAAAUACUAAGUUACCAGAAGAAAGCCAACCAGAUACAUCACGUAGAUAUUCUGUGGAACCUGAAACUGUGUUAUCGGAAGAAAACCUAAGCCCUCCACGUAGAUAUUCCGUGGAACCUCCUGAAACUUCGCUAUCAGAACAAAAGCCGAUCUCUCCACGUAAAGUUUCCAAGACGUUUCCUAAAGGUACCUUGUUAUCGGUAGAAAAACAACCAGUUACUUCACGUAAAUCAUCCAAGAAGUCUUCUAAAGAUAAAUCAUCCAAGAAGUCUCAUGAACCUGUGUUAUCAGAUGAAACCCAAUCAGUUACUUCACGUAAAUCAUCCAAGAAGUCUCAUGAACCUGUGUUAUCAGAUGAAACCCAAUCAGUUACUUCUCUAAAAUAUUCUGAGAAGUCACGUGAACUAACAUCAGAAGAAGAAGAAAACCCGCUAUCGGGAGAAACUGUUGCUCCAAUUAAAUUUGACGAGAAGUCUCCUGAGGCUACAUCAUCAGAAGAAAGCCAAUCAGUCACUUCACAUGCACACUCCAAGCAGUCGCCCUAUUUUACAUUACCAAAAGAAAAACAUCUACUGAAAUAUGCUGCGAAUUCUCGUGAAUUACCUACAUUAUCAGAAGGAAGCGAAUCAGUUACUUCACAUAAACAUUCUGAGAAGUCACUUGCACAAACAUCUUCAGAAGAAAGCCAUCCAGUCACUUCACCUGGAUACUCUGAGGAACGUCCUGAAACUGUGUUACAAGGAGAAAACACUAUCACUCCACCCGCCCAUUCUCGGAAAUCUAGUGUCCCUACAGAACCAAAGGACACUUCAGUUGCCCAAGCCGCCCAUUCUCGGAAAUCUAGUGUCCCUACAGAACCAAAAGACACUUCAGUUGCCCACGCCACCCAUUCUAGGAAAUCUAGUGUCCCUACAGAACCAAAAGACACUUCAGUUGCCCAAGCCGCCCAUUCUCGGAAAUCUAGUGUCCCUACAGAACCAAAAGACACUUCAGUUGCCCACGCCGCCCAUUCUCGGAAGUCUAGUGUCCCUACAGAACCAAAGGACACUUCAGUUGCCCAAGCUGCCCAUUCUCGGAAAUCUAGUGUCCCUACAGAACCAAAGGACACUUCAGUUGCCCACGCCGCCCAUUCUCGGAAAUCUAGUGUCCCUAUAGAACCGAAAGACACUUCAGAUGCCCAAGAGCCCGAAGAGAUCGAAAGAUCUCGUUACAAACAUCUUGAAGACGCAGAAAGAAAGAGACUUGAAGCGGCUAAUUUUGUGGCUCCAAAAAAAAAGAAAGAGAAAAAACAUCUGCUAGAUCCUGAUCGAAGGGCUCGUUAUGCUGAGUUAGAAAAAUCAGAAAAAAUCAGACGUCACUCCCUUUCAAAAUCAAAAGCAAAAAGUGAUAAAGAAGAUGUAGAUCAUUCUAAGGCGCCUACACCUAAGACUUUGGAGCCAAGUUCACAGCCAGAUUUAGAACAUUCUCGUAUUCCUAUGGCUAAAGUGUUGGAGCCACCUUCACAACAGUCUUUAAAACAUUCUAAUGUGCCUUUGCCAAAGGCUUCAGAUCCAAGUUCCCAGCAUGUUGUACCUACACCUAGUUCAAAGCAAUCUUUAAAACAAGUGCCUACUUCUAAAUAUCUUCACCCAAGUUCCGCGAAAUCUUUAAAACAAGUGCCUACUUCGCAAUCUUUAAAACAAGUGCCUACUUCUAAAACUUUGGAGCCAAGUUCAGAGAAGUCUUUAAAACAAGUGCCUACUUCUAAAACUUUGGAGCCAAGUUCGGAGCAAUCUUUAAAACAAGUGCCUACUUCUAAAACUUUGGAGCCAAGUUCAGAGAAGUCUUUAAAACAAGUGCCUACUUCUAAAACUUUGGAGCCAAGUUCGGAGCAAUCUUUAAAACAAGUGCCUACUUCUAAAACUUUGGAGCCAAGAUCAGAGCAAUCUUUAAAACAAGUGCCUACUUCUAAAACUUUGGAGCCAAGAUCAGAGCAAUCUUUAAAACAAGUGCCUACUUCUAAAACUUUGAACCCAAGUUCAGAGCAAUCUUUAAAAAAAGUGCCUACUUCUAAAACUUUGGAGCCAAGUUCAGAGAAGUCUUUAAAACAAGUGCCUACUUCUAAAACUUUGGAGCCAAGUUCGGAGCAGUCUUUAAAACAAGUGCCUACUUCUGAAACUUUGGACCCAAGUUCAGAGCAAUCUUUAAAACAAGUGCCUACUUCUAAAACUUUGGACCCAAGUUCAGAGCAAUCUUUAAAACAAGUGCCUACUUCUAAAACUUUGGACCCAAGUUCAAAGCAAUCUUUAAAACAAGUGCCUACUUCUAAAACUUUGGACCCAAGUUCAGAGCAAUCUUUAAAACAAGUGCCUACUUCUAAAACUUUGGACCCAAGUUCAGAGCAAUCUUUGGUGCCAAGAUCAGAGCACUCUUUAAGACAUGUGCUUACUUCUAAAUCUUUGGAGCUAACUUCAGAGCAGUCUUUGGAGUUGAGUUCAGAGCAAUCUUUAAAACAAGUGCCUACUCCUAAAACUUCCUAGCAGUCUUGACAACAUUUUAAUAUGCCUACUCCUAAAACUUUGGAGCCUAGUUCCUAGCAGUCUUUACAACAUUCUAAUAUGCCUACUCCAAAAACUUUGUAGCCAAGUUGAGCCUCAGUCAUUAAAACAUCCUAAUGUAUCUAUGCCUAAGACUUUGGACCCAAAUUUGCAAGAAUCUUUUGAACAUACUAAUGUGCCUACGCCUGAAACUUUGGGAGUCAAGUUCGCAGCAAUCUUCAAGGUCAAGCUAGCAAUACACACACAAACACACACACACACAUCUAUACACAUACACACACACAACUAUACACAUACACACACACACAACUGUACACAUAAACACACACACACACACACACACACACAUACUGUAGUGAAUUUUGAGAGAUGUUGGAUUUCCCCAACAAAGCCAGUGUGAUAAGCGAUGCAGACACUUAUCCAAGGGGUUUCUGAAACUUUGGAGUCAAGUUCACAGCAAUAUUAAAGGUCGAGCUAGUAAUACACACACACACACAGACACACACACACACAGACACAACUACACACACACACACAGACACACACACAACAAUGCAGACAUUUAUCUGAGGGGACAGACUGCUCGUAGUUGAACAUCAAAGUUCUCUGAAACUCCAGUGAUUAAAGGAUGAAUACAAUGGAUUUAUUUCUUUGAGUGAAGGAGAUGUAUUAUUUAGGACGUGAAGAGUGUUUCUGGAGGAAGAGUGCCGAAUAUUGUCUACAGACAGAAGUAGGAAUCAAUGUUGCUUGACAUCCAACAUGUGCAUGCAGGAUGUAUCAUCCUGGGAGUGACAAUCCUAUAGAGAAAACACUGACAGUCAUUCAUGGGCAUUGUCAUGACUUGAAAAAUAUCAUUUUGACUGGAGAAACAAGUAUGUGAUUUGGAUUAAGAUUUGGUCUAAUUGGUAGCAGGCAUGUGUAAGAGAUUCGAGUAAGUGACAAACAGCUGCAAAUUAUUUCUGCAAAAGAUACUACAUCAGGAAUUGUUGGAUAACCAAGGUUUGCCUGACAUUUGAAUGAUGCCGAUCUUCAGAAACAUGCAUUCCUAUGAUCAUCUUCAGAAACAUCCACUCCUAUGAACAUCUUCAGGAACAUCCACUCCUGUGAUCAUCUUCAGAAACAUCCACUCCUAUGAUCAUCUUCUGAAACAUGCAUUCCUAUGAUCAUCUUAAGAAACAUCCACUCCUAUGAUCAGCUUCAGAAACAUGCAUUCCUAUGAUCAGCUUCAAAAAGAUGCACUCCUAUGAUCAUCUUCAGAAACAUGCACUCCUAUUGUCAUCUUCAGAAACACGCACUCCUGUGAUCAUCUUCUGGAACAUCCACUCCUAUGAUCAUCUUCAGAAACAUGCACUCCUAUGAUCAUCUUCAGGAACAUCCACUCCUAUGAUCAUCUUUAGAAACAUGCACUCCUAUGAUCGACUCAAGUUCUUUGUCUGUGAUGUCCACAAGGUUGCCAGACGUUUGUAAUAGUAUGCUAUAUUUAUGUUAUAUUCAUUUGCAGUCAGCACCAGCUUAUCAUGUCUGUUGACAUAAUUGUUUUCUAACUACUGUAGCAGUGUUUUCAGAUCAUUAUAGAUGAGUGUGCAGCAAUCACAUCAUCAGUAACUGUCUUAUCAUCAGUAACUCCGGUAACAUUUGGAGUGAAGGUUCCGUGACACCAGUUCAGCAACCUGGGCCCCGUUCCACAAAGUAAUCAUAGCCCUAAGAUCACCUUAAGUGCAUAGCUACCUUAUGCACUAAGGUGAUCUUAGUGCUAAGAUCGCUUCGUGGAACGGGGCCCCGACCUGUAGUUGGCUGGGGAUUAUUAACAAAUGUGGCAAGUGGUUCAUCAUCACUAUCCCUAAAACCAUCUUCAGAUUGCUUCUUGCCACGGUCCUCAUUGGGGUCAGAGUCAUCAGCACAGAUGUUACUCGUUCUGGAGAUGUGAUGUCGUCAUCACACGAUUCACGUGAACAAAUCAUUUACUGUCGUGUAUCCUUUUAUUUAUUGUUGGCUUGUUCAGUGGGUGUGGGGAAAAAGAAGUUUAAUUUAUGUUUUAAUUAAAUAAAGAAUACAUGUAAAA